AUGGCUUUUGGACAGCUUAUGGUUACCUCUGGUUCUACCUAUUCUCUGCUCCGACGUUUAAAUUUUUUGAACGAUCGUUCGCUACGAUUUGACAGGCAGGAUUCUUUCGAAAUAGUUCGCAAACAAGCAUGCGAGAAAAUGUACAGAAAGCACGAGGAAAACAAGAAGCGCUAUGAUCUCCGUACUCGUAAUGUCACGUAUACUGAAGGUCAAGAGGUAUAUCGACGUAACUUUAAGCAAAGCUGCUUUCAAACUGAAUAUAACGCCAAAUUCGUUCCAAUGUUUGUAAAGUCUCGGAUUCGAAGAAAGAUCGGUAACCUCUACUAUGAACUGGAAGACCUUCAAGGAAAAAUUGAAGGUACAUAUCACGCUAAAGAUAUUCGGCAAUAGCUUCAGUCGGAAUCAGUCUAGUGUAUUCUCUCGAUCAUACCCUAGUCUGAUUUUAGCGGGGGGGUUUUGUACUG